AUGAAUAACCAUGGAAUUGAAGUAAUUCUGAAGCUGGCUUCAUGGAACAUGAUAUGGGCCGGGAAGAUUAUUAAGGAUUUCCUUUCAAAUGAAUUGUCGACCGACAUGAUUAACGAGAUUUGGUGCUUGAUUGGUGGUCGUCCUGUUAGGUUUUCUCUUCAUGAGUUUAGCGAGAUUACUCAGUUGAAGUUUGACCCAUUCGAUGCCACAGAAGAAUGGGAUAUUGACCACACUGAUUUUUGGAAAGAAUUGAAGAUCAACCCUGGAGAUGGACCUUGUUGGAACCAGUUGAUUAAAGUCUUUGACGUUUGCAGGACAUGGAGUUAUGAGAAGAGAAAAAUGGUAGGAUUGAUGUUUGUCUUGAACGUCGGAAUAUAUGGAUUUGCUCGUUCUAGUAGAAUGCCUCUGAUGGCUGCCAAAAGAAUGUUGGAUCUAGAGGCGUUUGAGAGGUAUCUAUGGGGCCGUGUGUCCUUUAGGGAGUUUGUCAAGUUGAUAAAUAUUUCAUGUUUGGAGGGUGGGUCGUUGACACUUCAUGGUUUUGUGCAUGCGAUNCUUGUAUGGGCAUACNNGUCGGUUCCAAUNNUUGGUGAGAAAUUUGGGAAUAAAAGAGAAGCACCAAUUNCUNUUCUAANUUGGGCUUCAAGCCGCGCGAGAUACAACCUUGAGACCNUUUUGGUGGAGGAGAAGAAUAGCCACGGGAAGGUUCGUGUUAGACACUUAUUGAUCAAGCCUUUGGAGGAGAUAUAUCCUCAAUGGAGGGAAAGAAUGAAGAUAAGGCAGUUGAUAACAUGA